AUGCUGGUUUAUGGAAUUAAUUAUUCAGAGCAAAUAGAGAAUAAUAAAGAAAAACUUACUGCUACAUUUGGCAUUACAGGUGGCAUGGCUGCAGGAAGUUGGAUAGGUUUAGGAGUUGCUGGAGUUACUAGUUCUCUUGUUUUCGCUGGUCCUACUUUUGGUUUAUCUUUAAUUUGGGGAGCAGCCUCGGCUGGACUAUCAGGAGCAGGGUCUGUAGGCGCUGUGGCAGCUUCUUAUGAUUUAAGUGAAGUAAAUAAUGGCAAAGGUUCUACCAUUAAUUUAAAAAAUGAAAUAAGGGAUACCGAUAGUUCUAUCUUGCUAGCGACAGGAAUUUUUUUCUGGGUUAAAAGUAAAUCCGAACCGGAAUCACUUGAAACAUUAACUAUUCAACCAACUCAAAAGCAUACUUCCACGGUUAUUUUUCUCCAUGGUCUAGGAGGGAACGCCGCAAAAAGAAAAGACAAAACCGAAGGCAAUAGAAAUGACAUUAUGAACCUAAAACAGGAUAAAAAAGGCUUGUUGAAAUCAGUCAAACAAAUUGAAAAAAUUAUUCGUGAGGAAAUAAACUCCGGCAUUUCACCCCAAAAAAUCAUGGUUAUGGGUCAUUCACAGGGAGGUUCAGUAGCGUUAGCGGUGGCAAUUGGCGAUAUAUUUGGCAAAACUGGCCGAGAAAUUAUUAAAAAUUACCUCCCCCAACUGAAAAAGGAAGAAAAAAUCGACUUAGUUGUCGCUAAUGUGGAAAAUACUACCCACGGAAAGGGAAUUUCUUACAAACACUACCUGGAAUUAGAGAAAUACGGAAUUGACAUCAUGACUUCUGGUAAUCAUAUAUUUAACCUAGAAGAAACUCAAAAAAAUUUUGCUAAGUUUGAAAAACUAAUAAGACCAUUCAAUUCUAACCCUUAUCAUCCUGGUAAAGGAACUACUACAAAGGAAGUAAAUAACAAAAAAAUCCGAAUUACUAAUUUAUUAGGAACUACUUUUAUGCCAAUGGCAGCAGAAAAUCCUUACUAUGCCCUAGAAAAAAUUUUAAAAGGUUCGGAAUUUGAAAAAAGUGACAUCCAUCUAGUUGAUUUCCAUGCUGAAACCACUGCAGAAAAAAAUGCUUUGGCUCUCUGUUAUGACGGAAAGAUUAGUGCUUUAUGGGGAACUCAUACCCACGUCCAGACCGCUGAUGAAAGGAUAUUAGACUAUGGAACUGCCUUUAUUACGGAUUUAGGAAUGACUGGCCCAGCCAAGGGAGUUAUCGGUGCUGAACCAAAAGCAAUUAUUAAGCGAGCCAAAGAAGGUUUACCAGCCAAAAUGGAACCCCAUGAGGAUAAAGAAGACAAAGGACAAUUUAACGGAAUAAUUAUUGAGUUUGAUGAUGUCAUGAGCGAAGCAAUUAACUUUAACUUAGAAUUAAAACACCCUGAACCAGAAUAUAGCGAAUUAUAUUUGCUACGUGGAAAAAGAGGAAAAGAUCGCUAUGUCUAUAUUUCACCUGAAAUACCGAGUAAAGGAAAUAACAGAGAUAUCAAAACUCCGUCAUUCCCGCCUUAUGAAGAACAAGAUGAGUGCCCUUAUAAUGAAAAGAGUAUGACUGGAACUCUUAGUGAUGAUGGCUAUAACUCUAUGAGAUGGAGAAUGGAUGAAUAUGAUUUAUGGCUUCUAAACUAUCACAGAAAUUAG